AUGUCGGCCAGCAUUCCCAUCCGCAUCAACACGGCAGAGCAGCCUUCUUUCUACCGCAAACAACACAAGCAUUCGAGAUCGUCCUACUCAGAAUCAUCUCCUCUAGCCGGGUCCAGGAACAAUUCUCUAACCUUUCGACCUCCGAAACGCUUCAUGUCGUCCCCGGACAAGACCAUCGCCAUUAUUAACGCCAGUGGGCGCCAGGCGGCCUCGCUAAUCCGUGUCGCAACUGCUGUUGGUUAUCAUGUUCGAGCUCAGUUGCGCAACAAGGAAGGCGUUAUUGCUACAGAGGUCGCGACGAAUCCAAAUGUAACCUGCAUCGUCGGCGAGCUUUACACGAGACACCAACCCACAGAAGCCAACAAAGAUGUUACUCAAAAUGGCCCUCUUUCGGGUGUCGGUGUAAACCACGACCUCAUCAACAACCUCUUCCGCGGCGCGCAACUGGCCUUUAUCAACACGACCUUCUACGGGGACGAGCUCGCUAUCGGCAAGGCUCUAGCCGACGCCGCCAAGAAAGCUGGCGUACACCAUUACAUCUACUCGUCCAUGCCCGACCACGCCGCCUACAACAAGAACUGGCCCUCUCUCCCGCUCUGGGCGGCCAAGCAUAAGGUUGAGGACUAUGUCCGGCAGCUCGGCCUUCCUGCCACCUUUGUCUACACUGGCAUCUACAACAACAAUUUUACCUCCCUACUUUACCCGCUUUUCUGCACCGAAAUUCAAGAUGACGGCUCCUUCGUAUGGCAGGCGCCUUUCCACGAAGAUGCGAAGCUCCCCUGGCUCGACGCUGAGCACGACGUUGGCCCUGCUAUUCUACAGCUCUUCAAAGAUGGCGUCUCGAAAUGGCGAAACGAACGCAUUGCCCUCGCUUACGAGUACCUGACACCCAAAGAAGCCUGCGAGCUUUUUUCCCGCGGCGUUGGCCGCCCAGUUCGCUAUGUUCGCGGCCCUAUCGACAUCAAAGUCCGCAUUCCAGCAGGCUAUAGAGAGCAGCUGGAAGCUUUGGAGAAGCUCUUUAGCCCCGAUGAAAAAGAUCCGUCAAAGCAACCCCCCUACUUCGGUUGUGCUAGGCUCGAAGCAAACUGUCCUGCCGAGGCUUUGGAGCUGUGGGAAGGACCCCGCGGGCUCGAGGAAUACGCUCGCGAGAUGUUUCCUCUCGAGGAGGAAGCCAACGGCUUAACAUGGAUGCUCGAGGACGACGAAACUGACGGCGGUGACGAGAAAUUGCAGUACGCCACUGUAUCGGUUGAGCAGCUACGACUGAAUGACGAUGACGACUUCGAUUCCGAAGACGAAGAAGACGGUCUCGUUAUGCGAGGCUUGAAGCGAGCCGAAGAGCAAUGGCUAGCAUAA